AUGACGCUGUAUACAAUUAUAACUAUCUCAGUCGGUAAUAAUAUAGAACUACUUCAUCACAAUUGGAAUACUGUAUGGGCAAGUGAUGGGAUGGAUUUUCCACGACAAUUUGGGCGCUUACAUAAUCUCGCUGAUUCCAAACGUCUUCUUUAUCGCGUAUAUUUUUUUGGGCAGCGAUUACGAUCCCAGUGCCGAGAUGAAGGAAAUUCAAGCGAUAUGGAAAGGGAUGCUAAGGGCAAGUGUGCAGAGACUUUAAAAACAAAAGCAGCCAAAAAGGCCGCCUUAAACGACUGCGAAAACAAUUUGAAACGUGAUAGUAGCAUUUUCAGGCCAAAUCGAUGUGAAUACGGAUCUACUUCAUGUGAUGAACAUGGACCUUUGGAAGGGGAAGCCAAAGAAAAACCUGGGGAUUUACUUAAGACCACCAUAGGGGAUUUUGGAAUAUGGCAGUUCAAAAUUUCAUUGCUGAUGGCUCUCUUGAAGUUUCCGAUAGCCUGGUUCCAAUUGAGUAUAGUAUUUCUAGCCCCUCCAACGUCUUUCAGAUGCGCAUCGCCCAAUCAUCAGUUGCACGAUGAACUCAAUUUUAUUUCGCCGAAAUUUGACAUCAAACACGAAGGUUUAAAUACAGGGUAUUGCGAAAUGAUAGAUCCAGAAGAUAUGCACAAAACCCUACCAUGCGUUUUUGGUUAUGAUUACAAUAGGACAGUUUUUCACAGUACCAUCAUAACGGAAUGGGACCUCGUUUGUGGACACCAACGACUCAUAGAUUUGGCUCAAAUCACUCUGAUGUUGGGUGUCAUAAUCGGUAAUAUCUUGUUUGGUGUCCUGGCAGACCGCAGAGGCAGAAAAACAGUCUUAAUGACAUGCAUAUGUCUGCAAUCGCUGUUUGGAAUGAUCUGCGCAUGGGUACCAUGGUAUUGGGGCUUCGUGAUAGCCCGAUUAAUGCUGGGUAUAUCGAAUGGAGGUACCAUGGUAACCUCCUUUGUGAUGUGCAUGGAGGUGGUAGGUGGCAAGUGGAGAACCAUCGUGCCCAUUUUGUAUCAAAUUCCUUUCGGUUUUGGUAACUCCAUCAUGUCUGGGAUUGCUUAUUAUCUUCGCGAUUGGCGGUAUUUCCAAACCGCCAUAUCGGUGCUGUCCAUGUUUUAUAUCGUCUAUAUAUGGUUGAUUCCAGAGUCUCCAAGAUGGCUCGUGGCUGUUGGAAAAACUGAAGAGGCAAUGGUUAUUCUGAAGGAAGCCGCCAUUUGUAAUGAUAUAGAUCCCCAAACAGUAUCCGAAGCUAUGACGGAUUAUUCCAAUAUUCCAAGCAAUAACAAGAAAAACAAAUCAUCAUUUGCUGCUCUAUUCAAGACCUCGAAUUUAAGAAAAAGAAGUUCAUUGUUGUGUCUUAACUGGACAAUUGCCGGUAUAACCUUCUACGCCUUCUCCCAAUACUUGGGACACGUGUCCCAAAACCUCUACCUUACUGUGGCUUUUGGAGGUCUAAUCGCUCUACCCGGAAUUUUGUUCUGCAUUUACGUGGUGGAUCAUUUCGGUAGAAGGGUCACGAUAGCCUGCGCCAAUCUCCUCACAGCUUUGUGUUUCGUUGCCAUCAUAUUUGUGCCCAGAGGAAGGACAAUUGCCGGUAUAACCUUCUACGCCUUCUCCCAAUACUUGGGACACGUGUCCCAAAACCUCUACCUUACUGUGGCUUUUGGAGGUCUAAUCGCUCUACCCGGAACUUUGUUCUGCAUUUACGUGGUGGAUCAUUUCGGUAGAAGGGUCACGAUAGCCUGCGCCAAUCUCCUCACAGCUUUGUGUUUCGUUGCCAUCAUAUUUGUGCCCAGAGGAAGGUUCGCUCAUGAUUGGCCCAGAAUCGCUUUUUCUGGACUGGGAAUUGUUGGACUCUCGAUCUCAAUGCCAGCGUUGUACCUCUUCACCGGGGAGCUGUUUCCGACUGUGAUCAGAAAUGCGGGUGUUGGGGCUUCCGUGAUGUUUUCCAGAAUGGGGUCGAUGGUGGCGCCUCUGGUGAUAGCCUUGGAAGGUACCUCCACGAUUUUACCGCUGCUCUUCUUGGCGCUAGCUGCUAUCGUAGAAGCAGUUCUGGUGCUACCUCUACCGGAAACCAAAGGGCAGUCUUUACCGGAAACUGUGGAGGACGUGGAAAGAAAAAAAAUGCAACCACCCGAUCCUGAAUAUGAAAAUAUUCCGAAGGAAGAGUUUGAAAAUUGAUGUGAUAUAAAUUAAUUUGUAAGUGUAUAAGUAUAGUAAGUUUUUUCUAAAUGUCAUGAUUUGGAAAUGCCAUAUUAAGUUGUAAGUAAAUAUUGUAAAUAUUAUUUUAAAAUAAAUUGAAUACACAUUGUUAUUUAUUAUAAUACGAGUAAAUAAAUGAAAU